CCACUAUUCAACUUCAUAACUUAAACAACAUUUGAACCCUUUUCUAAUACCUACAUCAACCAUCUCGACUGUUACUACUACAUAGGGCAACUAAAUAUGUCGUGGUAGUACGAAUGGGAUCAGAUGCCAAAUAUCUUGAUAAGAUCGGCUAUGCUGUACUCACCUGAGCUCUGAUGGAUGGUAAAUAGACCGCCCCAAAAGUAACACCAAGAGUGACCUACACUGGCCCCUGGGAAGCUAGCUUCGAAAUCUUGUGAGCUGCAUGUGCAGCCAAGAUAGAUCUAUCUGGCAUACUACCUAUCUAUGUACCCGCACUGAAUGGUCAAUGACAUAGUAUCUUUUAGUACCUGGCCUGCAUGUGGGGGACACGGAGCGGAAUAUUGCGUCCAACGUACAAACAAAACAAGUACACCGUAAUAUACCUCCCUAACCUACCUUAGGUACCUAGCCUACCUUAGGUAUACUUCAUCAUGUCAUCGAAACCAGAAAAAAAGUCCACAGUGCCCAAGUUUUCUUCGUUUAAGCCUCAACCUGAGAAACCCCAGCCUCCACAGGAAGCCAGCUCUGAGGAACUGAAACAACCUUGUACGCCUUCCGUCUCGAGGCGCGAAGACCAAGGCUCAUUAGGAGACAGAUCCCGUCAGACGGAGAAAUCUCGUCAUCAAAGGCUCCCGCAGCGACCUUCCCCACCAGAACAAGAUAGAAAUACUUUAUUUGUAUACGAUAAGCGAGGUGACUCCUUGAUUCGAAGAUAUGGCGGUAACAAUCCCCGCGAUAUUCCCAACUACCGCCGUCUUGGAUUCGGCCGUAUCUUAGGGGUUGAUGGCUAUAUGAGAAUUGAUCAUACCGGUAGCCGUGAUGAAUUCUUCUUGUUGGGUUUUCGCGAAAGCGGUUCCCUGUUUGGCAGUGACAGGAAGACCCUUCUAACCAAGGGCGGUCAUUUCAAAUCGCAGCCCAUCAGAGUUCGGCGAGAGCGAUCCCAAACCGUGACGGGCUCAGAGGACUUCGUACCCCUGAAGACAUCAAAAAAGCGAAAACGGGUCCGACUCGAGUCAGGGGAUUCGUCGAGUGAUGAAGCGCAAGCCUAUAGGUCAAUUCAUGGCAAGAGCAAAAGUCACGAGCACUCCGAUAGUGAUGUGGAGUACGGUAGUGAAACAUCUACGGGCUCAAAGGAUAGAAGUGUGGACGAUCCCAUGAGCUUAAAGUCGAUUGAGCUAUCUAGAAGGGUUCGUGACCAUCCGCAAGACAUCGACGCUUGGUUUGAGCUUGUUGAUCAUCAAGAUACUCUUCUACGGAAUAGCGGGCAAGACGGUCGUCAUCCUACUGCAGCAGAGGUCAAGAGCUUUGCUGAUAUCAAAUUGUCCUUACUCGAGCAAGCAUAUUCUCAUGCAACAACCGAUUUACAGCGGGAGAUGUUGCAGCUGAGAAUUAUGCGAGAAGGUUCAAAGAUAUGGGACAACGCGACUAUUUCAAAGCGAUGGAGUCAAGCUCUCGAUAAACAUGACAUGAAUUUUGAUUUGUGGAAAGAAUAUACAAACUUUCAGCAGACGAGGUUAUCGACAUUCGGGUAUGAGAAAAUCCUACACCAUUAUACCAAACGCUUAGACCGGUUGGCGAGGGAAACUUUGAUGAAACAAAAUGAAGAGAUUGAAUUCAAACUCUACGAACAAAUGAUCUAUGUAUUCUUAAGAGCGACACGUUUCAUUGCAGAUUCCGGCUACAAGGAGCUUGCUAUAGCAACGUGGCAGGCGGCGUUGGAAUUGACGUUCGCACGUCCGUCCAACUUUCCGGAGAAAAUGAGUAUUGCUCCGCCGUCUGACUUCCAGAAUUUUUGGGAAAGUGAAGUCCCGCGGAUAGGGGAGGAUGCAGCUUUAGGAUGGGCAACCUUUGCAGAAGGCAGCCAAGCACUGGAGCCUCCCGAACCCAAAACUGCAGAUGAAUUUACAUCUCCAAAUACUCGAGACGGCUAUAAAGCUUGGUCAAUCUUCGAACAACACAAAGCCCGAGCUGCGGCAACACCCGCUCGCACCAUGGAUGACGGAGCAGAGGAUGAUCCAUUUAGAGUCGUCAUGUAUGCAGAUAUCCAGGAUAUGCUCUUGCAUCUUCCGAAUGAGCUGAUUCCUAAUCUUCGAUGCCAGCUACUAGAUACGUUCUUAAUAUUUUGCCAGUUACCCCCAGCCUUCUCUUCUAGCAAUAUCGUUCGAGAAAUGCUUCAGGAUGAUUUCCUCGUUCGUAGUCCAGCGGAUCCAAUUGUCAUAGAGAGCUCGUCUAACCAGGUUAUAAACACCGAGGAGCAAAACAAAAGACCGCCUGAGUUCGCUCAUGACUAUCCGCGAAUGGAAGCCACGCCAGAAGUAUUCUUCCCCUUGCCUCAUUGGUUUAGACGUAUGGGAAAGAUUCGGGACAGUAUACCCGCGGACCAAUACACAUGGAUUUCGACUACAUUAAAGCAGCUUGUCCAUACAUUCGGCGUACAUGAGCUUGGUCCAUACUAUCUCGCAUUUAAGUCGUUGAACGAACCUGGGGAAGAAAAGAAAACAGCAAAGACACUUCUAAAGCAAGAUUCUUCGAACACCGAUUUGUACCUGGGUUACUCGAUCCUCGAAUGGGCAAAAGGUAAUGAGGACGUCGCUCGCAAUACUAUUACUGCUGCGAUAGGCAUACCGGUCAUGUCAGUCCAUAGCAAGCUCACCUUAGGCAUUGCUGCUGCAUGGAUGGAGCUUGAGAAUUGCAACUUGGCUAAAGCAACUCUCCAAUUAUGUGCAUUGUCGGAUGGCCCCUCUUCCAUAAGGACAAUACCGGACAACCAAACGGCUUCUACAGCCCAGAUACUAAAGGCAAAGCAUUUCUUAUCAUCAAAUAGAGACUAUUUAUUGUCGUCAGCCGAUGCCGACGAGGCCGUCAUAUAUGCUGAAGGCCUAGCGCUUCUUGAAUACUUGACUCAGCAGAGUAAUAAGGAACCCUCUAGUGGGAACCAAGGGGACAUUUGGUCCGCGGUAUCUAGUAUCUCUACAUGUUCUAACGAGCUAGUGUCCCGGCAUUAUGGCCUUAGUAGUUGUCAUGAAAAAUUACUCCAAUCUGCUGCUCGUUUACUCUAUUAUCACGCUACCCAGGGCCCCUUUAGGCCUGGACUUCUUCGUGAGCAACUAACGAAGUAUAUCAAUUUCUUCCCCCAAAACACCCUCUUCCUCAGCCUUUACGCAUGGAGAGAAGCACGUCUCAGUAUCGACGACAGGGUGCGGUCGAUUCUCGACAAAGUCGUCCUCGUCGACCGCUUUGACUGCGUCAGCAGCCGGGUAUUCGCUAUCCGGUACGAGUCCCGCACGGGGAACGUGCACUCGACGCGGGCGGCGUUCGAGCACGCGCUCGAAAGCGAGGCGUGCAGAAACCACCCGGGCCUCUGGAUAUCGUAUAUCCGGUUCUGCCACGGCAGGAAGGAAUUGAGAGCCAAGGCCAAGAGCGUAUUCUAUCGAGCCCUCCAAUGCUGCCCCUGGUCGAAGGACGUAUUCAUGGAGGCCUUCGCCACGCUGGUUAGGGACAUGGAUUCUUCCGAGCUUAAGUCGGUAUAUAAUACGAUGUGCGAGAAGGGACUGCGUGUUCACGUUGAGAUGGAGGAGUUUGUGGAGGGGUGGCGCAGGGGGCAGAAGGAGAAGGAACGGGUAAGACGGUAAAUGGAUAAAGAAAGCCCCCUUUUCAAGCUUCAAGUAAGAUAAGUACUUGGUAGCUCAUACAUACGUACAAUAUAUGUACGAAUAUAAUAUUCUUCAAUAUAAAUCUAUCUAACCUUAGGACCAGCG